AUGGCUUUUCGAGCACGGUCGGCAGCGCUGAUGCGUCAGGGCCGCGGGCUCCGCUCAUUUAUGGGCCGGAGUCGUGGUUUCGCGACUGUUACAGAUAAUACACGGUUCGCGAUUUCCCCUGCUGUCCUUUCGAAGAGUCUUGCUAAUUGGUUCGUUUAUAGCCCAUACGACGUUAUAGUUAUUGGCGGUGGCCAUGCUGGAUCUGAGGCAUGCGCUGCUGCUGCUCGUUCCGGCGCGCGCACUGCACUAGUCACGCCCUCGCUGGAGAAUAUCGGUGUUUGUUCGUGCAAUCCCAGUUUCGGCGGCAUUGGAAAGGGAACGAUGAUUCGUGAGGUGGAUGCAAUGGAUGGUGUUGCGGGUCGAAUUAUCGAUAAGGCUGGUGUCAUGUUUCGAGUUUUGAAUCGUUCUAAAGGGCCGGCCGUUUGGGGACCGCGUGCGCAGAUCGAUCGCGAUCUCUACAAGCGGUAUAUGUCCGAGGAGCUGGCUGGCACGGAAAACCUGAGCAUUGUGGAGGGAAAGGUGGCUGACAUUGUGCUCUCCACGGAAGGCAUCGAGAACACUCCCGGUGCACAGGGCAAGAUUGUUGGCGUGCGGUUGGAAUCCGGGGAGGUCAUUCCUACGGGUCGUGUGGUUAUCACUACGGGCACUUUCCUGGGUGGUGAAAUUCAUAUUGGAAUGGAUGUAUUCCCCUCGGGACGCAUGGGUGAGGCCCCCACAUACGGUCUCAGCAAGUCCCUCCGAGAAGCUGGCUUCCAACUGGGACGCUUGAAGACGGGUACGCCGCCUCGAUUGGAUAGGAAGACCAUUGACUUUAGCGCGCUUGAAGUGCAAAAGGGCGACUCGCCGCCUCACCCUUUCUCCUAUCUCAACAAAACUGUCGAAGUGGGCGAUGAAGGCCAGCUCACCUGCUGGAUGACCCAUACAAACGAAGCUGCUCAUGAAAUCAUCCGCGCCAAUCUGGACAAAUCCAUCCAUAUCCGUGAGACUGUGCGCGGGCCACGAUACUGUCCCUCCUUGGAGUCGAAGAUCAUCCGAUUCAAGGACAAGACUCAGCACCAGAUCUGGCUCGAGCCAGAAGGCUUCGCACCAAACGACGUUAUCUACCCUAAUGGCAUCUCAAUGACGGUGCCCGCAGACGCCCAAUAUGCCAUGUUGCGAGUAAUCCGCGGUCUCGAGAAUGUAACCAUGCUCCAGCCCGGCUAUGGUGUUGAGUACGACUACAUUGACCCGCGCAACUUACGACCAACCCUAGAGACAAAACUGAUCAGCGGUCUCUACCUCGCCGGUCAAAUCAACGGCACGACAGGCUAUGAAGAAGCAACUGGGCAAGGCAUCAUCGCAGGCACAAACGCCGGCCUCGAGUCGCAGAACCGAUCACCCCUUACCCUGACCCGGUCAGACGGCUUCAUCGGAAUCAUGAUCGACGACCUUAUCACCAAGGGCGUCUCAGAGCCCUACCGCAUGUUCACGACGCGAAGCGAAUACCGCAUCUCCACCCGCUCAGAUAACGCCGACCUGCGCCUGACUCGCAUGGCCCGCAAAGCUGGUGUCGUCUCCGACAAGCGUUGGAGUCACUUCUCCGACACCGAAGCCCAGAUCCAGGAACUACAGACUCUCCUUGGCAACACGAAGCUCUCGUCGUCUGCUUGGUCUCGUAAGGGCUUCAAGGUGCGCUCUGAUACGUCGAUCCGUUCAGCGCUCGAUAUCUUGUGUCUGGACGGCAUCGACAUCAACACUCUCAUUCCUGCCAUCGAGUCUCCGAUGGGGACGGCCUAUACCCCCUCCUCGUUUUCACCGGAGAUCCUCACCCGCGUCGCCAUUGAAGGCCGCUAUGCGCCGUACCUAAAGCGACAGGAGAAGAUGGCUGAGCGGUUCCAGCAGGAUGAGAAUUUGCUACUACCAGUGGAUCUAGAUUACACUCAGGUGCACGGAAUCAGCAAUGAGGAGCGACAGGUCCUUCAGCGCGUGCGGCCUGUCAGUGUUGGCAUGGCGAAGCGCAUCGAGGGUGUUACACCUGUUGGUGCUUUGCGGUUGCUGAUGCAUGUGCGGAAGGGCAGUGGGUUUUCCAAGGAGAUUGAUGGAGAAGACCCUGCUGUUGCCGACGUGCUCCGCUCGGCGCCUUGA